UAAUUUCAUCAUGCUCUAAAGUUCGUUUAAAAAGUUGGCAACAGUUAAAAUUGAAAAUGUGGUUAACAAAUAAUUUACAAGUUCCCUUAACGACAUUGCAGGCGAUGCCAAAAACUAUUAAAUAUGGCUAUAUAAACUCAAAAUUUGGUAAAAUGUUACUUGGUCUAACAACAAUUACAAAAGGCGCCAAAAGCUGCAACGCAAUUUGCCUGUUGUAUUUCGUGCAAAAAAGCGAUAUUGAAAGUCUGAAAGAAGUACAACGACGCUGGCCAAACGUGGAACUUGUGUUGGAUGCUGUGGCCAUUGAAAAAUGCAUGGAAACGUUAUACAGUGAUAAUGACGCUGUCAUUGAUGUUGCAGUAAGGGGCACAGAUCUACAAUUGGCUGUAUGGAAUGAGCUGGUUAAGUUAAAGGUCGGCAGCACAAUCACAUACUCAGAGCUAGCACAGCUUGUGGACCGUCCAAGGGCAGUGCGAGCGGUGGCCAGUGCUGUGGCAAAGAAUGAGGUGUCCAUUCUGAUACCCUGUCAUCGAAUCGUCUCAAAAAGUGGGGCUGUUAAAUACGGUUGGGGUGCGAAACUUAAGAGCGACUUGUUGGAAUAUGAAGCAAAUACAUAAACAAAAGAAUUCAUCUUUAA